CUUUUCUGACUUGAUGAAAGAAAGAUUAUAUUUGCCUGACACUAUUCUGACUGUGCAGAGGCUCUGCUGAGCUCAGUGUGAGAUAGCGAGUAGCUACAUAACAGUUACUGUAAACUGAGUGUGGCCACGAUAUGCACGACGUGCAGCGUCGGUGUUGGAGAGCGCAUCAGUCACACAGCAUGGUGUAGGUGGACGACAGCAAACGGAUAAAAAACCCAUCUAUAUCGGGAAAGCCCCAGCUGUCAGCGGCAGAAACCUGAACAGGUGGCUCCUUCUCUGUCUUAGUAUCCGCGUCAAGGCGCAGAGACCCUCAACAGCUUGUCCCUCGCGCUAAUCUCCUCUCUCUGACGACAGCGCAUUUAUCUCGUGCGCGUAAAACCGGGAGUACGGCAGGCUUGGGUCUCUGAUUCUGAUCAGUCAUCGGGAUUGUACUCAUCAGUGUCGAUUCAGUUCGAUUCUCUUCGCGAAGUUUUGGAAAAGUGCAUCUUGGUUUUCAGGCUUGAGUGACAGAGUAGGACACAAUGACUGCUUCUUGGAUUUUAUAAUCUAUAUCCUCUGUGUUUGGAUUGUCGAGCGGCUGAUUUCAAGCAGCAUGUUGCCAGAAAUAAAUAACAAGACGUCACGACCAGAGGCCUUUCCUCACCCUCACAGACUCCCAACAGAAGGCAUCCGUCUUGGAACAAACCGACCCUGCCCACAGAAGUUUGGACCUGGUGUAGGUAUCCUGCCUCAGCUUGAGCCACCGGUGGUCCAGGUGGUGGUCAGCAAUGCCAAAAACCAACACCAGCAGUCGGACCACAUCCUUCCCCAAAUCGCCAACAAAGGGGGCCAAAACAACUAUCAGACCCAUACGGAUGAGAGGCCGAAGCCCACCCAACAGUUCAGCAUGCGGUUUGGCGCAGCGAUGGAUAAAGUGUCUGUCUCCCGCAACAGCAAGAUUUUCAACAACAAACUGGAGAAGGAAAAGGCAUAUGAAGGACAAAGAUUACCCAUGUCCCCAUUAGAGGCACUGAAGAACUUCCAGGACCGCAUGACAGAGUUUGAGCAGGAGGAAAUCAUGGACUAUGCUGAGAUUUGGUUCCUCGGUCUAGGCUCUCAGAAGAUCGAGGGUUCCCAAGGCACGCCGCAGAACUCUGGAUAUGAUGACGAGCAUGGAAGCUACGUCAGGGUGCUGCAUGAUCAUAUUGGCUACCGGUUUGAAGUGCUUGAAGUGAUUGGGAAAGGCUCCUUUGGGCAGGUCCUCAAAUGUCUGGACCACAAGAACAAUGAGCUCGUAGCCAUUAAGAUGAUACGCAAUAAGAAAAGGUUUCAUCACCAAGCUCUGGUGGAGCUGAAGAUCCUGGAUGUGAUAAAGAGGAAAGACAAAGACAACCUCCAUAACGUCAUCCACAUGAAGGAGUACUUUUACUUCAGAAAUCACCUCUGCAUCUCCUUUGAGCUCCUCGGGGUGAACUUGUACGAGCUCAUCAAAAAAAACAACUUCCAGGGCUUCAGUCUCGCUCUCAUCCGUCGCUUCACUCACGCUCUCCUCAGGUGCCUGCAGAUGCUGCACAGGGAGAAGAUAAUCCACUGUGACCUCAAACCGGAGAACAUCCUUCUGUCUCAAAGAGGGCCGGGGAACAUCAAGGUGGUUGACUUUGGAUCAAGCUGCUACGAACAACAACGAGUGUACACCUACAUCCAGAGUCGCUUCUACCGCUCUCCAGAGGUCAUCCUGGGUCACCCCUACAGCAUGGCUAUCGACAUGUGGAGCCUGGGCUGCAUCCUUGCUGAACUCUACACAGGCUAUCCUCUCUUUCCAGGAGAGAGUGAAGUGGAGCAGAUAGCCUGCAUAAUGGAGGUUCUUGGGAUGCCUCCGAAUGAUUUUGUCCAGUCAGCAUCAAGGAGGAGGUUGUUCUUUGACUCAAAAGGAAACCCGAGGAACAUCACCAACAGCAAGGGGAAGAAGAGGCGACCGAACUCCAAAGACCUGUCAGCUGCACUGAAAACUAACGACGCUUUGUUCUUAGACUUCAUCAAACGCUGCCUCACUUGGGAUCCAACCAAACGUAUGACUCCAGAUGAAGGGUUACAGCACGACUGGAUCCUGGAGGGAAAUUUCAACAAAGUCCGGCCAAGAACCAGACCAACAGUGAAGAAAGCCUCAGAGAGUUCGAGCUGCAAGCCUGCAGAGAAGGUCAUCUCAGAGAGCAGUACGACUGACAAGCUGAAGAGGGAUAGUUCAGCACCAGGAACAAAGAUGGCCCCCGCUGAGCGUCUGCGGCCCAUCGGGGCCUCCGCUGAAGAGGAGGUGUGUGAGAAUGGGGGCAAGCUCUCCGCAGAUACCAAGCAGCAAGAAGGAGGUGGAGAGAGGCCCGUUCACAUCAUCAUCAAACCUCAAGAGGAAAUGGGCACAGAGAGGAAAGAGAGCCAGGAGGAGCCGUCUCAGUGUCUGCCCCCUAUCAUGUAAUAGUCAAAGGGAACCGUGCUGCGUUCAGGACACGUGGGAACUGUUGUUCAGGCUCAGUGUCCCGGUCGUCACCUGAGGGUGUUUGGCCCUACACACAGAAAAUUCAAAAUUCCCAUUUACUACAAACACUGCCAUGUUGCUUUUGUGUCUACAGGUACAUCUAAAAAAAAGUAGAAUAUUGUGAAAAAGUUGUCAAUAAUUUCAGAAAGUAAAAGUCAUACAUUAUAUAGAAUCAUUACACAUAGAGUGAAAUAUUUUAAGUCUGUAUUUCUUGUCAUUUUGAUGCUUCUGGCUUACAGAUAAUGAAAACACAAAACUCAGUGUCUCAGAAAAUUUGAAUAUUAUAUAAGAUCAAUGAAAAAAGGAUAUUUUAAACACAAAUAUCAGGCUUCUGAAGAGUAUCUUCAUUUCUAUACUCUCAAUACUUGGUUGGGCUCCUUUAGCUUGAAUUACUGCAUUAAUACUUGGUGGCAUGGAGGAGAUCAGCAUACAGCACCAUGUUGCUUUUAUAUCAGCCUUCAGGUCAUCUGGUGUCUAUCAGCUUCCUCUUGACAACAGCCCAUAGACUCCUAUGGGGUUCAGGUCAGCCCAGUUUGCUGGCCAGUCCAGCCCAGUAACACCAUGGUCAUUGAAGCAGCUUUUGGUACCUUUACCAGUCUGGACAGGUGCCAAAUCCUGCUGGAAGCAUCUCCAAAGAGCUUGUGGAAGCAUGAAGAGCUCUAAAAUGAGUUUUGUGUUUUCAUCAUCUCUAAGCCAGAAUCAUCAAAAUUACAAGAAAAACAGGCUUGAAAUAUUUCACUCUAUGCAUAAUGAAUCUAUAAAAUGUAUGAGUUUCACUUUGUGAAAUUAUUGACAACAAAUGUUUUCAUGAUAUUCUAAUUUUUUUAGACGCACCUGUACAUGAUGCCACAAAACAACAUGUUAGAGAAGUCAAAGAAAAGUGUGAGAUUCAAGGUGGAAAACAGCUCAAGCGGAUGUAGGAAACAAACCAGUUCCUGCAUGCCGUGAACAAAAUAUUGAUGUUUGGAGGGGACGCACUGAUCAUCAGCAGAAAAGGACGUCUUCUAUUUAUUGUUUUAAGUAUGCAGUCAUUGUGUAUUCUUUUAUUCUGUAGAAGUUUGUAUGACAGUGAAUCAGUCAACGAGUUUUUUCUAAUAAAGGACUUAAGAGGCAGUUGCAGGCAUUUUUUUUUUAAAUGUGUCGCAACUGACACACAAAGCUGUCUGCCACACAAUGCUCCAUUUAGAUCAAAUGGUCAAAAACCUUAUUCAUAGUACAGUAUCUUCUCCUGUUUUAUUUAUUGAACCCAAUCUUUGCAGGGCAUUGAAAUCUACGCUUUUCUCAGUUUCCAUGUUAAAAAGAAGAAGAAAAAAAACAACAUAGGUGACUUUAAAAGGUGCAUGGGUAUAGCAUUGAACAAAUAUUUGUUUCGCUUUUUAUUCUGUUUCCCUUUUACACGUUUUAGCAUUUUCAUAAUGGUAAAAUAUUUUAAGAAGUGUGUGCAAUAAAGGCUGAGCCAAAAAUAUGUUGUUUUUGUAAAUCCUAUUAACAAAGAAAUAAUUGUUACAUACUUUUUAAUUGUAGAAUGCAGUUGGUGACAUGUUGAUUAUUGAUGAUUUCACUUAUUUAUUGUGGAAUAUGUUUGAUCCUAUGUUUCAUAUUUGUUUAACAGUUGAAUUCAACGAUCAUAAGAAAAUGUAUUUGUAAUAGAAUUUAUUGUAUAUAUUUCUGCUGUAAUUUCCUAUGUAUGUGUCAUUCAGAACAUAUUCUGAGAAAAUAUUUCAGAUAUUUGUUGAGGGUUUAGACAAGGUUUUACUUGUUGUGUUGUUACUGUAUGGAUUUUUUGUAUGUCUGUGUUAUUAAUAACAUUUUUUAUAAAUUUGAAAAACAAAAAGACAAUCCUGUUAUUGAUAGUUGUGCCUUUCAGUAUUAGAAAUCUUGCACUUUACAACUGUGUGUGUACACCUGGAUUAGAAACAGUUGGAUCCUCACCUGUCAAAAGGACAAGGGUUCAUAUUACCCUGCCAGGAUCCCUUUUAUCUAAUGUUACAGAACAUAGUGAAGCACUUGUUUCAAUAUUAACCAUCGUUUUACAAUUGAUUUAUGCCUUUAGUCGCCAACCAAGAUCCAAUUUAAUUUAAUAUAAAUCCUGGCCCUUAGCUGAGCAACAAGAGAUCCGAUGGUGGUGGAUCGUAGCUGAAAUUAGAAAAGUUAUGUCAUAGUUAUGUCAUGUUUUUUUUUUAUGUCUUUUUGUCUUUUAUGGAGAAAUAAAAUGUUGUUUCAAAGAG